CUACUAUCUACUAGUCAAUCUCUAUACUUCUACUAUAUCUACAGAGUCGAGGAAACACACUUCAUGCAUGUCUGCAGAUUGAUCAGGCAAUCAGAGUCUCUCUCUCUCUCCUAUGGAGCAACUUUCUUCCUCCAGCUGUCUCGUGAUGAUGGGUUACUCUGAUUAGUAUACGUCAUCGACGUGUCAUCCGGCGCGGCCGGGGAUACAAAACUCACUCUCAUGGUUCAGUGAUAGUUGGUACUGCCACCAUGUGAGUUUUCAAAUCGCAUACGACUUUGAAGGCUCAGUUUCUGCUCGCCUAGGAAUGAUGUCUUCGCACGAACCUCACCACGCCUUUCAGCGUCGUGGAUCGGCUUACCAGUUAGACCUCCUGCGCCAGCAUGCGCAGAAAAACUCCUGGUCCGGCCCGCCGUUAGAUACUCUAUACGCAGGUCUUUCAGUAAAGUUCAAUCAUGAGAACACCAUUGUCGCAAUUGCGAUUCGCGACACCACCUAUCUCCUGGACUUUUACGAACACAAAUUUGAGAAAUCUGGCGGCAAACACAUCUCUAAAGAAGAGAUAGCAGAAUUUAUUCUCAUGAACCUGUCCGAAUACAGCCAGGAGCACAUGGAGCGUAUCAUGGGUUUGGCCAUGCCGGAAGAUAUCGCAGUUCGCAUUCCAACAUUAUGCUCACGUCUCUGGCACGCGCUGGAUAUCGUUCCAAUAGUCUUCCGAGAAGGUGCACCAGUCUCGACAUUCUGGUCUAAACAUAGAAGCACGAAAUGGGAAGCUAAAAGUCUCGAUGAAAUGGCCGAGUCAAUGGCCAGAAGAUGCCUAAGAUUCUUCGGCCCGGGUAAUAAUCCCAUAACGGAGGUUGGCUUACAAGGCCGCGUCGAAGUGGACUCUGCAUUCCGCAUCCGCAUUGCCAGUCUAGAUGACUACAAGGGUACAGUUGGGCCUACUACCUGGGCGGCUGUACAGCAUUAUGCUGCCGAUUUGAAGCAUCGCAAGGUAAAAAUUGCGUUUUUCAGCGCAACUCCCCAGGGUGGUGGCGUUGCUCUUAUGCGUCACGCGCUGGUGCGAUGCGCCGUAAAUAUGGACGUGGACCUUAAAUGGUAUGUGCCCAAGCCUCGUCCAGGUGUUUUUCGUAUCACCAAGACAAACCACAACAUCCUCCAAGGGGUUGCGGCUCCAGAAGAACGCUUCGGCCCCCAACAGCAAAAAGAAAUGAGUGAUUGGUUAUGCGACAAUGCGAAUAGAUACUGGGUCUCUUCCGGAGGCCCAUUAAGUCCACCAUCUGAAGGAGGAGCUGAUAUCAUAAUCGUAGACGAUCCCCAGAUGCCAUCCCUUAUACCAAUAGCAAAGAAAAUAGCACCCAACCGGCCCGUCAUUUUUCGUAGCCAUAUUCAGAUUCGAAGUGAUCUCGUCAACACACCUGGUACCCCACAGGCUGAGGCAUGGGAAUGGCUUUGGGAGCGUAUCAAGAUGGCGGACUUGUUCAUCAGCCAACCUGUUGAAUCAUUUGUUCCAGCCGACAUCCCUCACGAAAUAGUCGGCUAUAUGCCGGCUUCAACUGAUUGGCUUGAUGGACUUAACAAAACAAUGCGUGAUUGGGAUAUCGCCUUUUACGGCCGGUUUUUCAACACCUUGUGCCGAAAUAGCCAGGUCACAACGAUCGAAUACCCCGACGACCAAUACAUUAUUCAGGUUGCCCGCUUCGACCCAUCAAAGGGCAUUAUCGAUGUCCUGGACUCAUACGCAAAGUUCUUCGAUCUCCUUACUAAGAAGUCUCCCAAUAUCAAGCCACCAAAACUUCUUAUUUGCGGCCACGGUUCCAUAGACGAUCCCGAUGGCAGCUUGAUCUAUGAUGAGGUACGGGAUCACCUGAGAGAAGAACUCUCUAACCUAGUGGAUCAUGUCUGUAUCAUACGGCUCGGCCCGGCCGACCAAGUGCUCAACGCGCUUCUUUCAAAGGCGAAGAUCGCUCUACAGCUGUCCACUAGAGAAGGGUUUGAAGUAAAAGUUUCGGAGGCUAUUCAUAAAGGAAAGCCCGUAAUUGCGAGUAUGGCUGGCGGUAUUCCCUUGCAAGUGCAGGAUGGAGUAAACGGAUUCCUAGUCGAGGUUGGCGACACAGAUGCUGUUGCAAAACAUCUGUAUGAUCUCUGGACGGACCAUGAUCUGUACAAUCGCAUGAGUCAUACGGCACUGAAUACGGUCAGUGAUGAAGUUAGCACUGUAGGCAGUGCGUUGACUUGGCUAUAUCUCGCGUCGGAACUCACGAAAGGCAAGACUCUCAAGCCCAACGGGAGAUGGAUUAAUGAUAUGGCCAGAGAAGAGGCUGGUCAACCGUAUCGACCAGAGGAGAACAGACUGAAGCGUGCUGUGAAAGUUGAAAAUAUGAAAUAGGUAAGUAGCGUGGUAUUAGCACAUACAAUCGUUUUGUUUUGCUGUAUGUAAUUCAAACUUUCCAAACGC